GUCCUGCUGGAAGCUGCACACUGUUUCGUGCCUGGGACUUUGUGGAUUGGGUGCCAAGAGAAGGAGACAAAGAGAAAAACUAGGCGCUGUUCUGUUACUGAGCAGCACAGAGAGGAAUUGUGAAACCACAUAGAUACUUCUGUAUCUACACUGUAAAUAAACUCUUCAUAGAACACAGCCUGAUGUCUAGAUCAUAGAAUGUCUGGGGUGAGUCUGUAAUAACAGAUUUCUGAUCAGAUGAAAGUAUCAAAGCUGCAGUGAUUUCUGUUUCGAAACCUUAGUACAUAUCAUAAUGGCAGAAUUUCACGUGGAACAGAGACUGAGCUUUAAAUGUGCUUUAACCCUGCUUUAUCCACUCUGAAGGACUCAGCACUGAAUACUUCCAGGGAAAAGCCCAACACUUACUCGGGUGUCUGUCUCCUUGGGGUGGGGGUUGGAUUGGCUCUCUAAGAGCAAACUGUAUAAAUAGAUCUGCCUAUGGAGACCAAACUGAGACAUCAGGAUUUGGAGAAGAGUGGAAAAGAGCAGAUUUGGGGAGAAGAGAGGAGGAAUCAGCAGCAAUAGCCUUUGUCUGAGAGCGCACCACUACAAAAGGUUGAAGCCAUGAUGAAGACUCUCUCCAGUGGGAACUGCACACUCAGUGUCCCAGCUAAAAACUCUUAUCGGAUGGUUGUCCUUGGGGCAUCCAGAGUUGGCAAGAGUGCCAUCGUUUCUCGCUUCUUGAACGGACGAUUUGAAGACCAAUACACACCGACCAUUGAGGAUUUUCAUCGCAAGCUGUACAACAUCAGAGGAGACAUGUACCAGCUAGACAUUCUAGAUACAUCUGGAAACCAUCCAUUCCCAGCCAUGAGGAGGCUAUCGAUUCUCACAGGUGAUGUGUUCAUCCUUGUUUUCAGCCUGGACAACCGGGACUCCUUUGAUGAAGUAAAGAGGCUUAGAAAGCAAAUUUUGGAAGUCAAAUCUUGUGUCAAAAACAAAACUAAAGAGACAGGUGAAUUCCCUAUGAUGAUUUGUGGCAACAAAAGUGAUCAUGGGGAGCAUCACCGCAAGGUGAGAGCUGAAGAAGCAGAACGCCUGGUGUCUGGAGAUGAAAACUGUGCUUACUUUGAGAUUUCUGCAAAGAAAAAUAUAAACGUAGACAAAAUGUUCCAAGUCCUAUUUAGCAUGGCAAAGCUGCCCAAUGAAAUGAGCCCAGCCCUCCAUAGGAAGAUCUCCAUGCAGUAUGGGGAUACCUUUCACCAGAAAUCUUUCAGGCUGAGAAGAAUGAAGGAGGUAGAUGCUUAUGGCAUGGUCUCACCUUCAGCUAGACGUCCCAGCGUCAACAGUGACCUUAAGUACAUCAAGUCAAAAGUACUGGGGGAAGGACAAGGACGGGACAGGGAGAAGUGCACUAUUCAGUAAAGACUGUGCUGGGGCAUCCCAUAGUGCCUUUGUGGUUGAGAGGAAAAAGGAUAUCAAGGAUCCCCAGCCCUUCAGUUUGUUUCUGUGAGAACUAUAAAUGGACAACAUUCAUUUUGGCAGUAUUAUGUCUGCUUGUUCUGAACUUUGUCCUGCUCAGUAGAACAAAAUCCUUAUUCCUUGGUUAACGAGUAUUCAUUAAUCAAUGCCAAAGGAAGAUCUCACUUUGAAGCCUUUCUGUAUGUUGGCAGAUCAGUGAAUUGAUGGAUGGUUUCAACUCCAACUUGAAGAAACUUUACAACUUAAUUCCAUUAAAUUUCUCAGAUUUGUUCAUACAUUUAAAACAAAUUGAAUUAAAACAGUAUAUGUGCGUUUGGUUGGAGACCUGAUAGUUGAGGAAUCUAACCUCUAUUGAAAGGACUUCUCUGGUUAGAGACUUGGUUAUGGCCAUAUUACAUUCAGGCAUCUAACCUUUAUUGAAAGGACUUCUCUGGUCACUUGGCAGUCUCUCAACCUGGUUUUCCAAAGAAUACAAUUAAAAUAGAUGAGCCUAUACUUGAAAUAUUUGCCAUUUUUUGAGGAAGUGAACUUAUACAAACACUGACCAUGUAAAAUAAUCCAUUUGGUUUGGUUAUUUGUGGUUUGCUGCAUGUGAGCCAAUGAACAUUUUUGUUUCUGUGAUUGUGAACUACAAAUAUGAAGUUUCUGUACAACUGAAUGACUCAAGACUUAUUCAGAAUGUCUAGUCAUCUAAUCUUCACUGGCCUAGGGAGCAAAUUGUCAUGCACUUGCAGCUGUAACAGCAGCGGACAGUGGAGAUCAAAAUCAAAACUUAGCUUUUAAGGACCAAACACAGAAAAAGCUUAUUUUGAUUUAUUUUAUUGAUAAGUCUGAAAAAUCAAUUCAUAGCCCUGUCAUGGCCCCUAUUUUCUGUGCAUUAGGACAACCCUCCCAGCAACAUAAUUACAGAAAUCUGUGGUGUAACUAAAGAUGAAACAGACAUUGCAGCCGCAGGGUUCCCAGGACAGGGUUGAUGACCUGCAAUUUUGUAAGGGAAAGAGGCCAUGGCCACUUAAAUGACAUCAUUUAUUCAGCCAAGACUGAAAUACAUUGCCCUGUCUAAGGUCUACAAAAUAAUGCUCUAUUUAAACAAUAAUAUUGGGCUUAAUGAGUCUGGUUGGGACAAUGCAACAAUAGAGUGUUACAUUUUAUGUGUUUAACUGACAAUAUUUCAAAAUAAUUUUGUUCAGGUCGUAUUAUAAGGUUGAUUAAACUGUAUUUUGUUUUUUAAUAUAAA